AUGCAUCAAUUCAUCAAAAUCGCAAAGGCAUUUCUGCUUCGCGCCAUAAUCCGCCGUCUCUGGAAUGUUGACCGUCUGGCUUCGAUAUCUGUAGCUGCUAAAAAACAACGCGACGCGAUCUCCUCCCAGCGAGGCCGGCCGGCGAGUGCGGCGAGUGAGGCUAUGGCGUACCGCGUAUAUCUAGCCGAAGAUUCUGAAGAAUCUUGUGUAAAAUUGUGUAAUACACCGGCUGUGGCCGGAUUGCGUUUAGCACAAAACUUUUUGACUGCGUGCGUUGUACUCUUCGCGCGCAACUUCCCUGUGAUAAGAGGGUCCUGUGAUAUCGACGAGUUCGACUUAGCUUUAAAACUAGUUCAGUAUGAAGCGGACAGAAUAGAUCUAGUGCCGCCCGUUGACUACCAGUAUAUAGACCCAUUUGAAGACAGUGAUGACAUCUGGAGGGUCAUAGCACACCCCGAAGAAGAAAUACAGCCAGAGAACAUUAUCAACCAUGAUUGCAUGUGGGCGGGCGAUGACGCAAUUAACCCAAGCAAUACAUUUGUCCCAUCUGAUCCGAUAACAACACCUACAACGCCAGGACAAAGUUUGCUCCGACGCGAUAUGUCGCCGUCCAGACCCGAUACACCACCAUCAAUAGACGGCGAUGAACCUCCACAGUUUCGUCACACAGUAGAUGUUGCUGGCACAGCUCUUCGUCUUUUGCGUAACUCGGCCGUGGUAGCAGCAGAUCACUCAUACACAUUGUCACGGCGUAAUAUGGAUAAUCUUGGCGUGCAAACUCCCUCUGACUCCGGUGAAUCAGAAGAAGAAAUCGACGUGGUCUCGCUUGGCACCCAUCAACCUCUUCCAUCGACAGAAACAACUCACGUCUAUGCGGAAUCACUGUCGAACGCGUCUUCAGCCAGUGAGCGCCAACAUAUACAGCGAUGUGUAGAGACUAUAACAAAUCCUAGGUCUCCACGGCCGAUAGCCAGAAAACGUUUGGUACCACCACCUAACAUAGCUGGCACAUCGCGCCGCCGGCCCCGUGGACCCGGCCGCCGCGGUCGUCGCUCUAACACUGACACUGACUCAGACGCAGAAUCGCCAGAGAUAGAACGCCGCUCUAUACAUAACGACAUGGAGAGACUCCGACGAAUAGGUCUUAAGAACCUCUUCGAUGAGCUCAAAAAGCAGAUUCCUGCUACAAGAGACAAGGAGCGUGCGCCAAAAGUUGUGAUAUUGAGAGAAGCCGCUUCUCUUUGCAGAAAGCUCAGUCAAGAAGAAGCUGAAAGAGAGAAGUUAAGAAAAAAGCAAAAUCAGCUGAUCACAAAAUUGAAAAAGCUUCGCACAAUGCUCUCGCGCUACCGUACUAGCGCCGCUGCCCCGAGGUCGGCAGCGACGCCAAUCGGAGGUGUACUUGUUGUUGAUCGGACGAUUGGUAGGUCGGGGAGCCUCGGGGAGCCUCGGGGCGCUUCGGGGCCGCUCGGGGCUCGCCGCGCCGCGCCGGCUGGCUGCGCGCGCGCCGCUACAGGGAGUGCAGGGCGCAACAUAGAUUCCGCCUAA